AUGUUCAUCAAGCUCUUCACCUUCUUCACUGUCGGAACACUAUGUUUGGCCCAUCGGUACGCGUUAGAGGACGAGAUUAUCGGAGAAGGAUUCUUUCACCAUUUCGAACAUGAGGCUAUUAAUGACCCUACACACGGUCGCGUUGAUUAUGUAGACGAAGUGACCGCUCGAGCGCUGAACCUAUCAUACGCGCACGAAGACCACUUUAUAAUGCGUGCAGAUCAUGUCACUCGGUUGGAGACCUGGUUUCCGAAAGGCAGAAAGUCCGUUCGCCUGUUAUCGAGGAAGGCCUAUUCUCAUGGGACCGUCAUGGUUGCCGAUGUAGAGCACAUGCCCGUUGGAUGCGAUGGAGGAGAGAUCGACUUGAUUGAAGGGGUAAACGACGUAUCACCUAAUAUGGUCUCUCUGCAUACUUCAGAAGGAUGCAAACAGCCAUCAUACCGGAAACAGAAAGG